AUGACAGAUUACUGGGUGAGCACAAAGAAGCAUUACUGCGAAACGUGCAACUGCUGGUUGUCUGGGCACAAGGUGAACAUAAAAAAUCAUGAAAAAAGCGCAAGGCAUGUUGAAAAUUUAAAGAAAGUGAUCAGCGAAUCGUUUAAGAGGAAGGAACAGGAAACGAAAGAGAAAGAGUUGCUCGAAAGGGAGUUAAAAAAAUUAGAAAAUGUGGAAAAGAAAUUGCUGUCUGAUUUGAAUAAAAAUGAGGCAUCUCCACAUCGACAUGGUGACAUCCGUUUGAACGUUUCUAAUGCGCAUUCCAACAGGAGGAGUGGUUAUCGUAGCAGUAGCAAUAAUGAGCGAAUUAACAGAAGUAGUAUUGCCUGCAGUAGUAACGCAGGUAGCCAUAAGAAGUGGGUUCCAAUGAUACAUGAAGAUACGGGUUGCUUAGUAUUCUUCAAUAGACUGAAAAACGAAAUUGUGCAUGAAAAGCCGGAAGAUUUUUUGGAAGAUUUCCCCGAACGUGAAUCAUUUGUGGAACAAAAUGGAUGGUACAAAUAUUUUGAUUAUAACUCUAACAAUUUUUACUACUUCAAUAUAUAUAGCUCGAAAAGUAUAUGGGUGUAUUCACUCAGCAGGAUAAACAGCUUGAUGGAUUUUAUCAAUCGAUGUGAACAGGCUGAACAGAAUAAUAUAAAAUGUGGUAAUAACGCAGGAGUUGCAAGUUUCAGUAUGGGUGCGGGCCCCGUGGUAAGUCAGCACCAUCCUCAUUUGGGUGGAUCACCGUAUUACGUGAAUUACGCGCAAAUGCUCAGCACGCACAGUUACAAUGUAUAUAAUACCUACAAUCCGUUAAUCAAUCAGGGAGGGGCCACGUUGCAGAUGGGUGGAAAUACAGAAGAAGGAAUGAAUCAACAGGGAAGUAACAACGGCGAUCGUAAUAUUUCUGCUGGUGAUGGUAGUCGUGUGAACAGUUUUGCCCAUUAUGGUAAAUUACACGAUGCACCUCCAGGCAAGUGGACCGAUGGGGUUGGUGAAAAUGAAGAAAGUGGUGCAGAAGAAACGAACCCCCAAGGGGGUGAUAAUUGCCCAGGCGAAAACAAUACAAUGAAGGAAGGAAAUCCAAAGGAGAAGCCCCCAUCUGAGAUGAGCAAAAGCGAGUUUAAAAAGAGUAGUACACAUUUUGAAGAGAAGAAAAAAAAGGAGAACAUUUCUUUAUCGUUUAAGGGGGAAAAAACAGAUGGAACACCUCCGCAUGGCAGGAAAGAGGAGAAGGGAAAAAGUAACAUGGGGAAGGAGGACCAAAAUGUGCAAAGCAAUACCGUACAAGAGGACGAUAGUGCUAAACCUGGCACAUGGGAAGUGGUAGAAAAUAAUGAUGUAGAGACAAUUUCAAAUGAACAUAUUGAACAAAUUUUUUACAACGUGAAAUCGAAGGAGGAAAUUGAAAAGGAAAAAAUUGCACAGCUAGAGGAAGAUAUACGUUACGAAUUUUCUGAAUAUAAUGAAUUUUAUAUAAAAAAAAAAGAAUUGGAAAAUGAAGAAAUAUAUUUAAACCAAGAAUUCAAGUUCGUGGACAAACCUAUAUAUAAGAAAGUCAUUGACAAGAAUCGUGACAAAAAGGUGGACUUUGCCAAACGGAGUAUUAAGGGAAUGAAGAAUAAAAAAAAAAUUUCAUAG